GACAGUUUAGUUUCAGCAAAUAUGGAGCUGGAAAGUUCUGUAUUUCACAUUUUUGACUUGGUGGUUUGAACAUUUCAUUAAAAUUGACCUUAUCAUCAAAGAAUUGAUAUGUCUGGCCUAGGUCCAAGUAGCGGUCAAGAGCAACAAAAUCGUCUAAAAAUCCUGGAGGAUUUGCAACAGCAGAAGAAGAGACUGCAGAUGCAGACAGGUGCACCAGGAGCAACUUUGCCAACGCAAGCAAGGCCUAAGGAAAUGCCUGGUGCACCAAACAGGGGACCAACAGAGGCAAGAAAUUUGGAUCAGCGACAAAGACAAGCAUUACAGAUGGCAAGAACGACAGCAGAGCCAGCACCAGGCGACGGCGGUGAGGAAUCGGAAGGCGGAGCUGUGACCGAUGACCCCGACCUCGAGCUGCAGAAAGCGCGUAAUUUUGACUGCGGCUGCCAGUCCGUCAACAAAGUGGCUUGCAUUCGUCAGUUUGCCCCUGAGGAGAUUGUCCGCAUCAGGUUAGACUUGCGGGAACUGACAUCAGGGGAGAAAGACCUGAUCCUUCUAGGAAUACUUCACACGUCGAUGAACACCAGUAAGACCAUCCAGCCCAAAGGCCCCAAAAGGAAGGAGUUGAAAGAGCGCACUCGCGCAAGAAGUACUUACAGCAUCCACUCCAAGCGAGUGUGCACCGCCGCCUUUAGAUAUAUCCAUGCAGUCAGCAGGAACAAACUGAGUGCCGUGCAACAGUGGUACAGGGAGCAGGGUCUGACGCCACGUCGGAAAAAAUCCGGCGGCCGGGUGGAGAGUAAACGCACCCUCAAGUUUGAGGACACCAGCCGGACGGUUCAUUUCAUCCGCAACUUUGCAGAGGAGCACGCACUGGCCUUCCCGGGGCGGGUCCAGGGUGCCAAGAAGGCCGCUGACCGUCGCGUGUUGCCCCCGACGUUCACCAAGUCGGGCAUCUGGCGGAACUACUACAAACCGAGUAUGAGUGCCCAAGGCUACAGGGUGGCCCAGCUCAGCACCUUCAGGAAGCUGUGGCAACAGCUCUGUCCCAACAUCGUCUUCAAGAAGGCAGCCAAGAAAGAGAAGCCUGUCCUCCUAACCACUUCGCAAAACUGACGUGUCAUACGAGCCAGCAGGGUGCAAUGUCUAACUUGGUUGCGACCUCGGACUUCAUCAGUUGCUGAAAAAAAGGAGACCCCGAGUUGCUUUUUUUUGUAACAAUUGACUGUUGGCUGUGGUUACAAAGUAAAGCUGAUGUCUUGCUGUUAGCCCAGUGGGAGAUGUUCUUGGAUUGUUACCAUUCUGCGAUGAAAUUGGCUCUCAGGCUGUGUCAGAAUUACUCGGCUGCAGCUUAAUACUACACAACUUUAUGGGAAGUGGCUCUCAGCCACAACCAUGCACUCAUGCAUAAUUUCAACCAAGUAGUUCAGACAUGGCCUGGCAUUUGCAGUCGGUUGUCUCCUGGUCAACAUUUAACAUGUACAGGGUGGAGUGUAAAUAAUUGGAGUUGAGUUUGAUAAGGUCCAAUCAGUAGGCAUUGAUUUAGCUCAUGACCAGACGAAGUGAAAGUAGGCAAGUGUUUGGUUACCAAUCAUAUGCCUGACAUUGUAAACUAGACAGUCGAGGCUUAUUUUCACGCAAGGUAAUCAUGAAUUUUUUGUCUGAGGUAUGAUGCUAAUGACCUAUGUCAUUUAUGGUUUUUAUUGUACGAUGUGUUUCCCCAUGUUUUUCUCAGACUUGUUGCCCUUUAUCAAAAAGUUUGCCAAUGGUGGACGUACGUCAGGUCACAUGGGGCAGUGAGAACGCCUUGUCUGCGAGAUAGCAGACACUGCCAAUAGCUCAACUCUCAAAAGUGCUUUUAGUUGUCAGUCAUCUACUUUAUUGCUUAAAGCUACCACUUUCUUUGGUGAUUCACACAGAAAUAUGGUAGCCAUAAGCAAUUUGAAAAUGUUUAAAAAUCUAAACAGGAAAGGAAGUAUUAUUUAAUCCAUUUGAGGUCUGUACAUGUAUAUGCAUUUCCUUUGUGUUUGUCAAUGUUGCCAUUUGCCCUUUUUCUCAUCAAGAGUUGCCAAAAUUAAAUCAGUGUUGGAUUUCGUUCACAAGAAAAUUGUGCGGUGUCCUUGUAAGUUUCUUGAUAAGCUCUUUCCUGCGGAGUUGUUCUGCAGUUGUCAUAGGAAAGGGACUGUGAAUGAGGUGCCAUGUGAUGCAUCGGCAUGUGUUGAUUCUUUCCCAGAAGCAGCUCAGAAAUACUUCUCUGUGGUGUGUUUCCCCUACUGUGACAUUUAACAGGAACAGAUGCCCCACAAAUGUGGCGGUAGUGUGAAUAAAUACAUCCGUAUUUAUGAGCUGUGUGGUUGGUUUAUCCAUCAUGGGAAGGCUUGUGGUUGUGUAAUUACUGUGUAGAACUCUUCAGCAGAACAAGGGUUUGGACCCUGUCUGGGUGUCAGAGUGCUGGUGUCCCUGAGCAAGGUACUUGACCACAACUAUUUUGCUCAAUCUAGGGAUGUAGAUGUGGAACAUUUCAGAUAAUAGGCACUGUGUUGCACUCUAAAUAUAAAGUGGAGGCCCUUAUUAAAACUUUUUCCUCAUUGUGCUGUUGUGAGUCACAAUUCUGCUUGUAUUCUUUUUGAAAUUGCAUGGUUGUACUCAAUGACUCACCAACUUGACUAAAUACUAACCUGUUUCUGUGUGUUCUUAACCCAACAAUCACAAGAACUCUGACGGUGGAAAGGUUCUUUCCUCAUAGUGAAUUCAGAGCUUACCACUGUGAACACAUUGAUUCUGAAAUGAUCAAUGAUAUUCUAGCGCUUAAAUUAAUUAGUUUGUUUUUAUC